AUGGCGUCCACAGGGUCUGAGAUCGGCGAUAAGAUUUACGCCCUGAUCAACUACGAAGAUCCCUACGUCCAGCCCCUCAUACUGUCCGCCCUGGAGAAAAGACUUCCAUCAUCGUCGUACGAACUCAUCACUUCGCUAUCCCAACUUCCCACUCCCUCAUCCCGUCUUUUGCAGUUUGUUCAGUAUGAAUCCAUUGAUUUCGACCACCUCAUGGAGCAUUCAUCUACCUCUCUGGCCAACGCCUACGUGAUCCGCAAAGCACUGAUCCGGAAGCAUUAUCUUAGCACCACCAUUGCCAACUGGAUUACCAAGUACCCUGACUCGGUUCUCAAGAAACACGUCAAGCCCAGUGUGGAAUUCGAGGUCGACUAUGCCGAAUUUCUGGACGAUGCGCUGGUAGAAGCAUGGGAACUGAAGGAAAGCUGGGCACGAAACGAAGAGCUUGGUGAUGAUGAAGAUGGUGCUUCUUCCAGCAGAAAGGAAUGGUGGAUCCUGAAACCAGGAAUGAGUGAUAGAGGCCAAGGCAUCCGCCUCUUCUCCAGUGAGCAAGAACUCACCGAGAUAUUUGAGGAGUGGGAUCCAGACAGCGACAACGAAGAUGAAGAAGAAGAUGCCCCCAGCGAUUCCAAUACGCAACAGUUGAAAAUAGAAAAAGACGAGGACAACGGAAUCAUAACCUCCCAGCUCCGCCAUUUCAUCGCUCAACCAUACAUACAUCCGCCUCUUCUCCUCACCCCACCAAACAACCCCACCAGUGACCUCCGAAAGUUCCAUAUAAGGACCUACAUUCUCGCCACCGGCGCCCUAAAGCUCCACGUCUACAAACCGAUGCUCGCUCUCUUCGCAGCCCAUCCCUACCUGCCCCCCUGGUCCACUGACGUUGAGCCUAACAGCCAGGAAGCUAUGCGCGCCCACUUGACCAACACUUGUCUGCAGGACAGCGGAGAUCGAGAGGGUUCCGUGGGUUUAUUCUGGGAUUUACCAGAUACUCUGCCCACCCAGCCAAGUUUCUCCGGAUCAUCUACCAGUGAGGGUGGAGAUGCAGGACGCAAAAUAAACGUACCGUCAAACUGGAAAGAUACAAUCUUCCAGCAAAUCUGCGAUAUUACUGGAUCAACGUUCGAAGCAGCAGCGAGAGGAAUGUCUAUUCACUUCCAGCCCCUUCCCAAUUCUUUUGAGAUUUUUGGUCUGGAUUUCAUGGUUGGAAUCAAUGAAGAGACUGGUGGGUUGAAUACGUGGCUGUUAGAAGUCAAUGCUUUUCCGGAUUUCCGACAGACGGGGAGCGAUUUGCAGGGACUUGUGAAUGGGUUGAUGGAGGGGGCUGUGGAAAAGGGCAUUAAGCCGUUUUUUGGACUUGAGGGAGCGGAGAAUGGGGAUAUGGUAGAGGUACUGGAUGUGGAUUUGGGGAGGAGGUAG